AAGCCUGCACUUCUCACACAGGUGAGACAUUUGUGGAGUGCCUCAAUACAACCGCAGCCGAGAAGAUGACAGAGCCCACACCGCCAGACUCCACCGCCGUCCCGGACCCGGCUGUAGUUGUGGACCCCACGGUGGUAAACGGACAGUGCGAGCCGGCGGACUCUCUACAGCAGCAGCUGCAGCAACAGCCCAACACAGAAAAUCACGGGGAGGGCUUUACGAUGGACCAAGAGAUGAAGAUAACGGAAAGCAUAGAGGACAGAGGUCUUCUGGAGAGCAGCAUGCGUCUGAAGCCUCAUGAAGCACAGAGUUACCGCAAGAAAGCUCUGUGGGUGUCCUGGGCGUCCAUCAUGGUCACCAUCGUCCUGGCCAUCGCUGCUUUUACGGUUUCUAUCAUGCGCCACAGUGCUUCAGCGUUUGGAUUUGCUUUUGAUGCCACACUGGAUGUGUUAUCCUCUAUCAUUGUGUUGUGGCGGUACAGCAACGCUGCAGCUGUCCACUCAGCGCAUCGUGAAUACAUAGCUUGUGUUAUCCUGGGUGUGGUUUUCAUCCUUUCCUCCUUGUGCAUUAUCGGUAAGGCCAUCCACGAUCUGGCCACAAAACUGCUGCCUGAAGUGGAUGACUUCCUGUUCAGCGUGUCCAUUGUCAGUGGGUUGGCGUGCAUCAUAUUGGCUGUGAUUAAGUUCAUGCUCGGCAAAGUGCUGACAAGCCGAGCUCUCAUCACUGAUGGAUUCAACUCACUGGUGGGGGGGGUCAUGGGCUUCUCCAUCCUCAUUAGUGCUGAAGUCUUCAAGCACGAACCCAAGGUGUGGUACCUGGAUGGAACAAUAGGUGUGCUCAUAGGUCUGAUCAUCCUCGCCUAUGGAGUUAAACUGCUCCUGGACAUGGUCCCCCGGGUCCGACAAACCAGGAACUACGAGCGCUUUGAGUGACGGAUCACAGACGGCGGGUUUGGGAGUGCCGACUGAGGUGACUGACAGGAUGGGGGCUGCAGAGGCACUCCACAGACAAUCAUGAUCAGUCCUCGCGGUGCCAGUGAAGGCGUCUUUGUCUGUGCAGUCCUCCCAUUCAGAGCUCAAAUGGAAGAUGCCAGCGUCUGUGGCACCUUUUUAAUGUUUUACAGUUUAAUGUACAUAUAACAUGUUCAUCAGUCAGAGGCGCAGCCUGCUUUUUCAUGCCUCCAUAUUUAAAGAGCGAGGAUAACAGAGGCAGGUAGACAGCUUGUACUGCAGCAUUUCAUGGACACAGAGACCUCAUAAUGUCAUAGAAGCAGCAGAUUUUUUUGUACAGCUAGCUGAUGUUCAGUACCUCGGUUACACGGCGACAUCCCAUCGCACCAGUGCAGCUUGUUUUUCCCAUGGUUCCUCGAGGCCUUUGCUCAGCUGUGCUAUAAAGUGUUGCAGCACAAGCAGGUCAAACUGAUUGAUGUAGCUGAUGUAGCAGUGGAGUAUUAAUGGUGUUUACCUUUUUAUGACUAGAGAGCGGAUAUAUAUAUCAAUAAAAUGCCAAUUUGGCACAGGGAGUGGGUACAUAAGCACGCACACACACACUGGGAGGCUCAGUGAUGUGCGAUUUGCUGUUUACAAUAUUUAUCCAGACUGUUGCAGCAGCAUCAUUCCAGAACCAGCUUACAGUCCUGGAGCAAAAAAAAAUAAAUCUUUUUUUGGCAUCCAGGCACACAAGAGAGUCAUGACCUGACUCUGUUUCACUGUAGUGCUGACAGAAGGAAAACAAAACAGCUGCGCUGCAUGUCAGUGCACCGCCUGGGAAAAUCACUUCUAACCUUCAGAAAUUACGCCAUCUACUGACCAACAGAGGAACUUAGAAAAUGGAGGUCAUUACAUGUGAAUGUUCAUCAACACUGGCCCCUGAGACAAAAGUGAACACAAGACACUCGUAAAGGUCAAAGAAAAUGAGUUAAAGUCUUGCACACUGUUGGCACUGAGCUCAUUAGAGAUAUGACUGUCAUGCUGAUCGGCAUCAGGUUCACCACGUGACACAGACUCAGAUUUAUAAUUGAGCACGUGCUGCAUCAGCCAAUCAAAACAGGAGCCAAAUGUGGUGGGAAAUAUUUCUCAGUCACGCCCUCUCCACAUGUACACGGGCACUCUUAAGCUCAGCUAAAGUUCAGCUCAGUUUGGUUUUGUAACAUCUUAGUGGCAACACUCCUAUUGGGCCAACCUGUCCAUGAAGGUAGAGUUCGGGCCUCAGUUGUGUUUUUGCACUUUAAUACGGACAGGGUCACAAUAUUUGUCAAGUUCAAGUAUUACAAACAGCCCGGGCCUUUAGACACCUGUGAAGCUGCUGCUGCAGGAGGAGCAAAGCUUAUCUGAAAGAAUCAGAGGCUGAUCUGGUUCACUGGAGGCCUGAACGAUGCAGCAGGGUUUGGGGUAACACGUCCUCCUUGGAGACUUCUGAGAUGUAGUUUUAGCUUGGUCGGUGCAAAAAAGGAGCUGGAUUAUUAUCGUGUCCAGUAAAGUCUGAUUAGUGAAGGGGGGAGGUGUGUAUACUGGAAGAACCACAUCACCCUAAAUGCAUUAACAGGUGGCUGCUGUAUGCAUGGCCACAUUUGAGCACCUAAGAAUGAAGCGGUCCCUCUGUGAGUUCGAGUGGUUGAGCUCAGGAGGACAGCAGCCUGCAGGUUCUCCUGUUAGUGUCUGCUUCCUGGUAGUUGAGAGGACGACUCCACCACAGGCGUGUUAAUGAAGGGCAGGACUGAGACUAGUUAGUGGGUUAAGUUAGAGCGGUGUUAGGGCCUCUGUGAGCUUACUGUGUCUGUAAUGAACUCAUAAAGCUGAUUCGUGUGCUCAUUCAUUUCUGCCUGAACACCUUUUCCUAGUUGUGAUUCAGCUGUGAUGGCAGCAGAUCCUCUCCUUGGCUUUUAUUUUGAUAUUUGGAUACACAUAAGAAAUCUUUAAUUUUCUAGCCAUCAUCAUCAUCAUGCAGGACUUUGUGUGACACCAUCCCAAAGCCUUAAUUUUGCUGAUCAGUGUUUAUGUGACUUGAUCUGUUUGUUUUUUUUCCAUAUUUCAUACGUUUCCCUCAGUCCGUGCUUGCUGCAGUGACUGUAACUGAAUGUACACACUGUGCUGUGAUACUAGUUUUUAUGACCAACAUGUGACUGUGCUGUUUGGGUUUAUUUAAAUACAAAUAAGGGAUCAAUUCUGUUCUGAGCAUAUGGAGGUACGUGUGUGUCUAAAAUCUGUGUGCGUGCAACAGCACAUGUAGAUCACAGGAAAAGACUCUCUGAAAGCCCACAAUAUAUAAAGAAUUACAACAAAAAUAAUAACAGCUUGUAAUAAAUCAUUUCCUGUGUUUAAUACGUCCCAAACACUGAGACACAUUUAACUCCAUAUCAGCUCGGUUUUCUUUAGCUUUGUGGUACACAAACACGAGCUGCUCUUCAGCCUGCUGACUGUACAGUUGUGUGCCUGUGUAAAUACUCUGAAUGGUUGUGAUGUAAAACCAGAGUCUGAGCCAUUUGUCACAGAAAAAAGGUUUAUUUAAAAAUAAAGUUGUAUCCCUCUUACUCGUCAAGAACUGUGAAAACAAAAACAAACAGAUGCCAUUGUGUUAUUCACGUUUCACUGCUUGGACCACAGUCAUGGCCGCUCUGGGGUUUCUGACCCUGGA